UCUUCUAAAGGAUGGGUGAUACCAAAAAAAAAUAUCUGGUGUUCCUGUAGGAUUGGGAGUUGUGUGGAAGAGGAGGAGGCCAGAGUAGGUCCCGCUGGCUGGUGACACCCUGGGAAGUCUGGGGGCCAUGGCCUCUGCACCCUCUGGGCCCACAGCAGUUGCUGAUGUAAUUAAAGAUCUAGACACUCAGAUAGCUUUGAUUGGUUUGGGUCCCCACAACCCCAAGAAGAAGCAGGACCUGGACAAGCUUUAUGACCUGAAAUCUAAAGCCCAGCAGAUUAUGAACCAGUUUGGCCCUUCUACCUUGAUCAACCUCUCCAACUUCUCCUCCAUCAAGCCAGAGCCAGCCAGCACCCCCCCCCAGAGCUCCAUGGCCAACAGCACCACCGUGGCCAAGAUGCCUGGAACACCCAGUGGAGGGGGCAGGCUCAGCCCUGAGAGCAACCAGGUUUUAACCAAGAAGAAACUGCAGGACCUGGUGCGAGAGGUGGAUCCCAACGAGCAGCUGGAUGAAGAUGUGGAGGAGAUGCUGCUGCAGAUCGCUGAUGACUUCAUCGAGAGCGUGGUCACCGCCGCCUGCCAGCUCGCGCGGCACCGCAAGUCCAACACCCUGGAGGUCAAGGACGUCCAGUUGCACCUCGAGCGCCAGUGGAACAUGUGGAUCCCGGGCUUUGGGUCCGAAGAAAUCAGGCCCUACAAAAAAGCCUGCACUACAGAAGCUCAUAAACAGAGGAUGGCACUGAUCCGCAAAACCACCAAGAAAUAGCCCCUGGGCAGAGCUGGGAGACGCCGCCAGUGCAGUUUGGGAUAUUUUGCCUCUCCGCUGAAGCCUCCACGAUGUCACCCGUGGGAUGUUUUUUCUUUUAAUGCUUUACAGAGAAGCAUCUAUUUUUUAUUAAUGGUGCAGCAAUAUCUUGACUCUACGAGGAGAUCUGCCAAAAACACUCUCUGCCCCUUUCCUCGUUCCUCCUCAGAGCGCGACGCAUCUCAAGGAGAGACUUUUUAUUUGUGACUUGAAAGUGGUUUCUCGUACAAGUGAUUGAUUACCCAAGGGACAGAGAGUUUGGUCGUGUGUGGGACAGUAUUAGAAGCAUCUGUAGAGGUUUUUGUUUCCUCCUUCCUGCCCCCUUCCUGCUCCAGUACUUUGUAAUGUCAGUGUUUAUAUAAAUACUUGGCGUUUGUUUUACAUGAAUAAAGAAAUUAUUAAUCUAA